AUGUCUCCUAUUCCAACCACCAUCGACGAUACUCCCCAAUACAAGGGAAAGUUCCACUACGUGUCCAAGAAUGCAAAUUUGCAAGUUAACCCUAACUUGUACCACCUUCCACCAAUGUCAGCCUUUGGUGACGCCUUGACGUUACCUCUUGCAGACCUCCGCCCAUCUCUUGAUGCCGAUGAAUCGCCCUACAAACUUGAUUACCGUAGCUUCACGGCGCGGCGUGCUCCGUCAAAACUCCACUCUGCUCCUUGCAGCCGCGAAAGCUGGAACGACCCUGAGCUCAUCAGAACUAUCUAUGUGCCUGAAGUGGAAGACUUGGUCAAGAGAGUUACAGGCUGCAAGACAGCAUUGGUCGAAUCCGCAGUCAUCAGAAAUCAUCUGCACUUGGAAAUCGACUCCCACCCAACGGAAAAAUCAGGAGCUGAUUACACUGGCGAUGACGCCGGUCCCUGUCCUCGUAUGAUCGGGUUCUCGGAUGCAGAUGGUGCUUCCCCCGCCCCAAAGGUUCAUCUCGACUUCUCGCCCCUUGGCGCGAGAACACAUAUUCGAAAAUAUCAUCGCAACUUGGCUAUUUGCUGCGGAACACGUUAUUGA